AUGACGACACGGACCUCCGCCGAGGCCGGCGAAUACCUGCACGGGGUAGGGGACUACUUGGAAAAGGCAAACGUGUACCCUUAUCUGCACCUGCUGGUGAAGGAACUGGUGUCACGGCAGCCCGCGGAUCCAGUGCAGUUCCUGCUUGAUUUCAUCCCCAAGAGCACCGCGCGCCUCGUGGUACUUGGACCAGGCAGUGAGGCGUUCGCGAAGAAAAUAGCCGAAAAUGGGGUCGGCGUAGCAAAGCCGGGGGAGCUAGAGACGUGCGAUGGCACGGUAGACGAGAUUUUUGAUUGAAGUUGUACUGUCCAAUAGCAUGGAUCUUUUUCCUUGCAAUCUUUAUACCUAGCGCGCUCCUCCGGAAUCAAUCUGCAACGCGUGAUCCAUCGAUCAACACAGACGCUGUCAUCGCCAGAAUCCAUCAAGUCGUCGCUGCAGACCAAGGAAAAGUGGGUGUGCUAUGGCUACCCUAGAAACGCAUCGGAAGCUCUGGACAUUGUAGAUGCGCGAGUGCUCGUGUCGCUUGUCAUCGUGCUGCAGGAGCGCGGCGCUGACAGAGAAGGUAAAGGAAUCAUGUGUAUCGUUCUGGUUCAAAAGUGCUGCUGUGUUUCAUCAAGAAAAUAGUACUGUUGUUUCUGCUUCGCGACAUUUUAUCACCGUAGUUCUAUCGGAAAAAUAAAAACUCUACAGCAACCCCAGAAGACCACGGGAUGCUGCUAUCGCAUUCACAACUGUCGUCUAUCCAUCCGAGCCAUGGUCAUGCUGGUUUUGGUCAUUUUUUGCUAGCCGUAAAACCAUGCAUUACCAAGAUAUUGCGUACUGAUAUUUCUUUAUCGAUCGUGUUCCUGAGUCUGACCCAGCAAGGUGUGGCAGGGUGCGUCUUUUAUUUCACUUUCUGGUCUUGGAUGGAAUGGGAUAGUUGUCAGCUUCAUAGCGUCAGGCAAUAGCCCAGUUUCCUAGCAGCGCGGUUUGCACGGUCGAUGCGGGAGAGGACAAUUACGAGGAGAAUUUAGUGCUGAUUACGAAAAAACUGCAACAGCAAAGUAUCGCCAGUCAACCGCGCGCCGCGCCACAGAUCAUACUCUACGGCAGUAGGGGUAGCGGCGUCACCACGCAAGGCGAGCGACUCGCGAAAAAGCGCGGUCUGGUAUAGAAAAAGUUCAUUCACAAAAACAAAAAGUGCUAGGUCGAGUUUUACUACUUCUGGUGCAAGUGGGUGUUUACGCCGUAAACAACAAGCGUGGCACAAAUAAAGUAAUCAUCUGCGAUUUGGAUAAUUCUCUGUCAUUGCGGUGCAGGACACAGAAAUGGAAAAACCUAUCCCAGGUUCUCGUGGACGCGCACAGAUUAGCCGGUGCAUCAGGUUCCAAGUCUUCGUCCCACCGGCAGCAGCUGGUCGAGGCACGGCUGGCGCGGCCAGAUGCGAAAGAAAAG